AUGAUUGAGAGAAUCAAGAAGACUAUUCAAACGGUCACUGCGGGCAUACGAGGGAUGUUCGACGGCAUCUCAAGAACAUGGACACGUUCAAUGUCUUACUACAUGUGUCGGUUCUGGCCAUACGACGAGAGCAAGAAGUUGUUUGGUGGGAAGGAUGCUCUGGCGUGGAAGUUGGCUGCGGCUGGUAGUAUGGCGGGUGAUAUUGCAGGUUUUGUUGGAAACCCAGGAGAGAUCGUGAUGGUCCAGCUACGAGGAGACUUUGCGAAGCUCCCUGAGAUCAAUUAUAAACAUUGCUUUGAUGCUCUUUUCCGCAUGAGUUAUCUUUUCUUUUUCGAGUUUGUCUCUUAUUCUUCUCAGAGUGUCUUUGCGUCGGUUCUGAGCUUGAAUUUGUAUUGGCUCAUGAGCUCUUCCUCGCACUCAUCUGGCCCUUGGGGAUCUGCUCUGGAGCUUAUCACUCAUUCACCCUCUUCAUUCAUGCGACUAACUCAAGGCAUAUCCUCACUAGCCUGCAGCGUUGGUCCAAACAUGUUCAGAGCAGUCUUGAUGAACGCUGGUCAGCUCGCUUCAUACGACUUUUCCAAAGCGGAACUGAUCAAAACGCACAUAUUCGAAGAUAACAUCCCGUGUCAUUUCACAGCGAACUUUGUGGCGGGGACGGUGGCUACUACUGUUUGUUCACCUGCGGAUGUUCUAAAGAGUCGGAUUAUGAAUCUUUUUUUGAUCUUCAUCUUCUUCGUUUUGUCGUCUUUGUUUUCUCUUCCUCCCCCUUCCGCGGAAAAACUAUUUCAAGCAAACUUGUCUUUGACUUCUCGGAAUGGUAGCGUCCUCAAGCUUCGGGAUGCUGCGAUUUCUCUCACACUGAUCAAAGCCUUCCAAACCUCCCUUGGUAGACCAGGAAAUGGCAGCUCAGUAGUCACUGCAACAUUAUUGGAUGUUGAAACCACUUUAGCUGAACUGACAAGUCUGGAGGAGAUGAUGCAUAUUAUGAGUGAAGAGGAGCAGAUUCAUCAGGAUGUCAUUUCCAGGCUUUGGCAGAUCUAUAGUAUGUCCACCUGGCAUUGGGGCUCUUUACCCUUACAUAGUGUCGUGCAGGUUCUAAACAAAACAUUCUGA